UCACGUUUACCUUGCAUUUUCAUUCUUCAUCCUCCCUCCCCUUUCUCCUAAUAAAAACCCCACUUCCCUCCUCCACUUCCUCCUCAUUCUCAUUCUUCUUCCCCUCAUUGUCCUUUCUCAUCCCCCAACUUCUUCCUACUUCAUACACACGAGUACCCAUUCUCUCUCUGCAUCUCUCUCUCUCUCUCGCUCUCGCACUCUCUCUCUCUCUCUGUUUGUGUCUUUUGUGCUACACGGUAGUGAUCUACUGAGAAGUUCAGAGGCGGCUUUCCACUUAUAGUAAGAAAUCUUUCCCUUCUGAGAAUUAUAAUCCCGAGAUUGCUUUCCAUCCAAGUCAUUUAGCAGCAAUGGCUGAUCCGCCUUACUCGGAGACCGAGUCAAGCUCCAACUCGUCCUCCCCUUCUCCAUCUUCACCAUUCUCAUCUGGGUUGUCCCGGUCUUUACCAGGAUCGGCUCCGAACCCGACUUACAAGGAGUCCAGUUCGCCCGACCCGGACCCAAAACAGCCGAAGCGAGCCCGUGACAGCAGCAAGCACGCGGUUUACAGAGGGGUACGAAUGAGAAGCUGGGGCAAAUGGGUAUCCGAAAUCCGCGAGCCCCGGAAGAAGAACCGGAUCUGGCUCGGUACCUUCUCGACCCCGGAAAUGGCUGCCCGGGCCCACGACGUGGCCGCGCUGAGCAUCAAGGGCAACUCGGCCAUCCUCAACUUCCCCGAACUCUCCGGGUCUCUUCCACGGCCCGCUUCGAACUCGCCCCGGGAUGUCCAAGCCGCUGCUGCCAAAGCAGCUUCCAUGGAGUUUGAGGUUCCCAAAACGCCCUCGCCGUCGUCCUCCUCCUCGUCAUAUUCCUCAGCUACUACAGUGUCUUCGUCUUCGUGCGACGUGUCAACCCCAGAGGAGCUGAGCGAGAUAGUGGAGCUGCCGACUCUGGGGACGAGUUUCGAGUCGGUCGAGUUGAGUAACGAUUUCGUGUAUGUAGACUCGGUGGACGGAUGGCUCUAUCCUCCUCCAUGGUGUCACAGCAGCAUUGAUGAUAUCGGGUAUUUUAGGGAUAAUAUCUCAAUGACAGAGGCAGAGGGUGUGAUCCCAAGUAGCUUCGAACCUAUACUGUGGCAAUAUUAAAUGAACCAAACCAAACCAUUUUCUUUCAGUGUGCAAUGUUCUUCUCUCUUCUUUUCUGGGAAAGUUUUUCUUUCUUUUUUUUUUUUUGUUUCUCCUUUUGCCUUUGUUUAUCAAUUCUACAUAUGUAUAUGUGUAAGACCCUUUAUCAAUUUUGCUUUUGAAGGGCUAGAAUCUAAAUACGUUGCUUGCUGCUCAA